AUGAAUAAUGAUGAUAUGAUCCUGAGUGAUACCAAAUCAAAAAACACGAACCUCAUUAAUGGUACUCAAACUCAUAGCGCCAACAUUAAAAACAAGAGCAUUAAGAAUAUCAAGAACAAUAAGAACACUCUCAAUGACUCCAGCGUCAAUAAAAGCAUAAACAAUCCCCCUGCUUCCAAUAUAAAUAGCCUGUAUAACCCUCAUCUGCAAUCGCAUACUAAUGAGUCCUCAAAUCCUCUCACCAUAAUUCCCAAACAUUUUCAACAAAAAAGUAGCUCCAAAAUCAAACCAAGCAAUAAUGACGAUAUAUCAAAAAAUAAAAACUCAAAGCAAUUCUCUUCUUCUUUAGAUGCUCCUCCUCCAGUAUAUCUAUCCGCCAACUCAAACAGUAUCACUCAAACAAUGAACCCUUCAAAGACAAACUCAACAGUUCUUACAAACUCAAACUUAAACUCUGCAAAUAAAAUGAUUGUAGAAACUGAAACUGUCGAUGUUAACAAUGUUCCAAAACUAAUUAAUAACCCCAUCACGAACAAUAUCCUAGAUCAAUACGAUUUUUCAAUUAUUGACCCCAAUUCCUCUAGAAACUCUCUAAUUGAUUUCGACUCUAAUAAUAUUCAUCAUGUAAAUAAUAACCCAAUCAGCAACCACAACAAUCAGAUCCAAAACCAAAAUCAAAAUCAAAAUCAAAACUCAAACUCAAAUUCUCUAACUGAUAUUCAAUCUUCAAUCUCCAUUAAUCUUUCCAACCAUCCUGCUCCCCCUUCUUCUCACAUUUCCCUAAGAUCAAAAAGAAGCUUCCUAAUGGACAAACCCCCUUCAAAUUCAAAGUCAAAACUAAAUCAAAAUUAUGUCAUUCAAGAAGAAUCCCCCGACAACACAUCAAAUAGCAUCAAUAACGACAAUAUUAAAUCAAAUAAAGAUAAUGAAAAUUCAAAAAUUAUUCUUUCCAACAACCUUAAUAACAUAGACAUCUCUAACAUCAAUUCCAAUAACUCCAAUAACCUCAUUAACAAUACAAUAAACAACAAUAAUAACAAUAAUAAUAAUAACAAUAAUAACAAUAAUAACAAUAAUAAAAAUGCCAACAACAGUAAUAAUAACAAUAAUAAUAAUAAUAAUAAUAAUAAUAACAAUAAUAAUAAUAAUAAUAAUAAUAAUAAUAAUAAUAAUAAUAAUAAUAAUGAUAACAAUAAUAAUAAUAAUAAUAAUAAUGAUAACAAUAAUAAUAAUACCAAUAUUACUACCGCCAACAACAAUAAAGACUCUAUUAAAAAGAAAAAAAACUCGGUUAGUGAAUCGAAUAAAUCAAAAAAGAAAAAACUAUCAAAAAGAAUAUCCAAAAAAAAUAUAAACAAUACAAAUUCCUCAAGAACUGAAGUAUUUGCCGCAAGAUUAGAAAGUGCCAUAGGAGAAGCAUCCAACUCUGAUAGCGAUGAAACUUUCGUUUAUGAAAGCGCUGCUCCAAAUGAUCAAAUUUCAACUUCCUAUUCAAAUGCGAAUCUCGAUCAGCAUCCAACCUCAAUCAAUAAUAACAACAAUAGCAGUGCACGUAGCAUUCAUAGCAUUCAUAGCAUUCAUAACACUAACCAAUCUAAUAAUUCUACAAGCAUAAAUACAAACAAUAAUAAUAACAAUAAUAACAAUAAUAACAAUAAUAACAAUAAUAACAUCAACAACACCAUAAAAAAAUCAAGAAUUCCUCCUCAAGCUAAUCAAACAUCUUCAAUUUUACCCUCAAAUAACACAAUUAAUAACUCAAUCAAUAACAACUCAAUUAAUAAAAAUACAUCAAACAUUAAUAAUUAUCUUACAAAUAAUAACACCUCUGAUAGUUGUAAUAACAGUGAUGGCUUUAACACUACAAGAAUCUCUAAAAGGGAUUCGGAAGUUAAAAAAGACUAUAAAUUCAAAAAACCCAUUUCAACCAUUAAUUCAGUUGUAACAAAUACGGUUACUACAAAUGACUUUGAUUCAGCUAUUAAUAAUUCUCCAGAGAUAACUUCGAUUUCUCUGCAAAACGAUGAUCCUAAUCUUAUUCCAGCUCACAAAUCUUAUUCGGAUUUAGAUGAUGACUAUUCAACUGAUGAUUAUGAUUACAACACUUUUACAAAAUAUAUUGGCACUAAUAAUAACCACAGUAAUCAUAAUCAUAAUAAUAACCACAAUAAUACUCAUAACAAUAAUAACAAUAACAAUAAUCUGGCUAGUAUAAGUCAUCAAUAUAGUAACCAAAAUAAUCUAAAUAACCAUUUUAUUAAUAAACUGAAUUAUAAUAGAGUGAACAGGUAUCUAAACAAUCCUCAAAAUAUUGGUAGUACUUUUAAUAACCAAAUAUAUGCAAACUACCAUGACCCUCCUUCCUAUCUUAAUCCUAAUAAUUACUAUAACCAUCACAAUCCCAACAAUAAUCAAAAUACGAAUUAUAAUAAUCCCAAUUUAAAUCGUUAUAAAUCAGUCUCAAAUUUAUCAGUUUCAACUUACAAUCGAUAUAACAAUCCUCGCAAUCAAAACCAUUUGAUUAAUUAUCAUAAAUUAUUCAAUGAUAAUUCUCAUAAUAAUCAACUGCAAAAGUUGGGCCAAAAAUCAAUAAAGGAUCUUAAAUCUCAAAGAUCAAAGUUAUUUGACUUGAGAAAUUAUGAGCUAAGGAGAUAUUCUGGGAUCCCAGAUGAUCUGGACAUUGAUGAUUUUGAUGAUGAUGAAGAAUACAAUAAUUAUUAUAAUUAUGAUGUAGGCUUACCAUCUGCUCAAUAUGAUGAGUUCACACCUUUAAAUGGAAACUAUAAUACACAAGAAGAAUAUGAUAAUCAAAAUAAUUUUUUAAGACCUGAAUCAAGAUACAAUAAUAGAAAUUCCAAAACUUCUAAGACCAAAAGAAAAUCAAAUCAUAAAAGAAAAAAAAACUAUAAACAACAAGGAAAAAUAUAUUCUCCUCAUGAUUUUUAUAAUUCAGAAAACAAUUAUCAAGCGAUAAAUGAAGGACUUUUGAACGGAUAUGAUAUUGAGGAAGAAGAAAAUGACUCUCGAUACCAACAUAUUAAAUCAAUAUUUUGGCUAGUUUCUUCAAUGCUUUUAAUUCUAGGUCUAGGUUUUAUUUCUGGGUUUUUAAUGGCCUCUACAAAGGAUUUAACAAAUGUUAAAAUCGAUAAAGUUACAAACAUCUUAGUAAGCUUUGAUGAAUUGGUUUUUGACUUGGAAGUAGAAGGAUUUAACCCGGGGUUUUUAACAGUGGAAAUCACUGAUAUUGAUUUGGAUGUUUUUGUGAAGUCAAAUCACUAUAGCUUGGAUGACUACAUGAAUAUGGAUGAGAUGAAAAAUGUGGAGGACUCUGAGUUUGAAAAAACUGUUCAAGAUAUGGAAAACCUUGAUGAUACUUUUGUAACCUUGUUAUUGGGAAAUGUAAACAAGUUUGAUGUGCCACUAUCAUUUGAAGGUGGCUUUUUCAACAAAGAUACUACCCAUGCAAUUGGAGAAAUAAAACUCAAACAGCCUGGUAAAAAUACCACCAGAAGCGAACAGCCCCCUCCUGUGGAUGAUGGUGAGGGCGAUGAUGAAAUAAUUAACAUAAACAACAAUAAUUUAAUGGUAAUUAACACAGCUAAUUCAUUGGAUUUUCUUGAUAAAACAUUGCCACUGCUAGAUCCUGGACAGAAACAUUGGAAAAAGAUUAUAAAUUAUCCCUUUACAUUAAUCUUAAGAGGUAAGUUUAAAUAUAAUUUGCCAUUUUCAAACAGUGUUAGAUCAGUUCCUAUUACUAAAAGCAUUUACGUGGACGUGAGUCAUCCUUAUUAA